AUGAAGCUCUUCUACGCCUUCACAUUUCUGGCACUCUGCACGAGGCUGCAGUCAGCGCACGCUAGUGAUACCGGCACCCAGGCUGUUUUCAUCGCAGGACUAAAUGCCAAUGAUUCCGACGUCGAGUCUCUCAUUGCUGUGAUGGGAGCUACUGGCAGCGGGAAAACUACCUUCAUCAACAUGGCUAGCGGGUCUAACCUACGCGUGGGUUCAGGGCUCAUGUCGUGCACCAGCGAUGUUCAAACUUCAAAGCCCUUCCGGCUCGGGGACCGAACAGUCAGGCUCAUAGACACGCCUGGCUUCGACGAUACAACACGGAGCGAUACCGACGUGUUGUCUAUGAUCUCCGCAUAUCUUUCCACCACAUAUGCGGACGGCGUGCGGCUUUCCGGCAUCGUAUACGUUCACCGCAUCUCAGACUUUCGCAUGGGCGGCACGUCGACACGCAAUUUCAGGAUGUUCAGGAAGCUUUGUGGCGACGACUCUCUUCGGAACGUUGUCCUAGUCACGAACAUGUGGGGCCAAGUCCCCCUCGACGUUGGCGAGGCCCGUGAGCAAGAACUGAAACAAGAGGACAUGUUUUUCAAGCCUGUGCUGGACGAGGGCGCGCAACUCAAACGACACAACAAUACGCUAACAGCUGGACGCGAGUUGCGCGAGCAGGCACGGAAAUUCAAGGAACAGCAGGCGAAGCUGCGGGCGGAGAUGGAAGAAGGUCACCUCCCUUUUGUCCUCCAGCUGUUCUUCCCACUGAAAUCCUUCAUUAUUGUCCUAGCGUUGAAGGACAACGAUGAAAAGGCUCGUGUCGAACUUGAGAAAGCGACGGCGAAGCUAAACGAAGACAUCAAUCGCCUGACAACCGAUUCAGAACGGAUGGCAUCCUCCUUUGCUGACGCGCAACGGCGAAUCCAGCAAGAGUUAACUCAUGCUCGGUCACAUGGAGGUGGAUUUUUUGCCCACCUCGGGCGUGCGUUGGACUCCCUCUUCUGA